AUGGAGUGCUUAAUGUUUGAUCAAUGUACUCUUUCUGAGGUCUCCAUCUCAUUUACCCAAUUCAAGUUUCUUGCAGCCAUUACUCUCAUUCUAUCCGUAAUCUACUUUUCGUACAAUUCAAAGUGUGUGUAUCUCCUCGACUUCAUCUGCUUCCGUGCACCUGACACUCAUCGAGUCCCCAUCUCCUCCUUCAUAGAGCACUCAGAAAUUAUGAAUGAAAAUCGAGAGAGAAUUGAAUUUCAAAGAAAAGUCAUGUUAAAAUCCGGCAUUGGAAAUGAAACCUGUUUACCAUUACAGAUCCAUCAACUCCCAGCUGAUCAGUCCUCUAGUUCUAUCCUGAAUGAAGUCGAAACAGUACUUUUUUCAGUAGUCCAAGAGCUGCUCACCAAGCACAACAUAACCCCGAAAAGCAUUGAUAUCCUCAUCACAAACUGCAGCCUAAUCUGUCCCACUCCCUCUUUGGCUGCAAUGAUCAUCAAUAAGUUCGGAUUCAGAAGCAAUGUCAUGAGCUUCAAUCUAUCCGGGAUGGGAUGCAGCGCGGGAAUUUUGUCAAUUAGCUUGGCUCGGGACCUCCUCAAAGUCCACAAGAAUUCAGUAGCUUUGGUCCUUAGCAUGGAGGCCAUAUGCUCAAAUUUUUACCAAGGAAAGGUCAAGUCUAUGCUCCUAGCCAACUGCUUGUUCAGAAUGGGAGGGUCUGCAGUGUUACUCUCCAACAGAAAAUGUGACAAAAAGAUUGCUAAAUACGAACUCCAGCACGUGGUCCGGACUCAUCUAGGGUCCAAAACUGGUUCCUACAAGUGCAUAAUACAGGAAUCGGAUGAGGAGGGGUAUACCGGGGUGUCCCUAUCCCGGACAAUCCUGCAGGUAGCAGGGGAAGGCCUGAAGACAAACAUGGCAUCACUAGGCUCAUUGGUGCUGCCCUAUUCGGAGCAAAUUGGAUACGGGUUGUCAGUGGCGUGGAAGAAAAUUUGGGCCCCUUCAAAGAAAAGGGGUCCUCGUAUACCGGAUUUCAAGAAGGCCUUUGCGCAUUUCUGCAUACAUGCUGGAGGGAAAGCAGUGAUUGACACCAUCAAGGAGAAACUGAAGUUGACAGAUAGAGAUAUGGAGCCCUCAAAAAUGACAUUGUAUAGGUUUGGGAACACAUCAUCUUCAUCAAUUUGGUACUCACUAUGCUAUCUUGAGGCAAAGGGGAGGGUGAGGAAGGGGGAUAAAGUUUGGCAGCUGGCAUUUGGGAGUGGGUUUAAGUGUAACAGUGCUGUUUGGAAAUGCAUUUCAAAGCUCAAACCGGACGAUUCGAAUGCGUGGUCGGACAGGAUCCAUAGAUACCCAGUGCAGGUGCCAGAGGUGACUGAUCAUUGA